CGGGCUGUAACACAGCAGGUGGAGCUGGGAAGGAACAACAAGGAGCCAGUCAGCAGGGGCUCAGCAACUGUAAACAAGCUGUCCUGUGCAGAGGUACGAGCACAGGCCUGUGACUCCGGGCUCCCCACCCCACAUCUGAAAAGAAGAGACAAAAGGAGGGAGAAAGACGGCUUUUAGAUACAUGACCAGGGAUUUACAUCAUAUAAAGGAGACCGACGCUUUGAUCUGCUCACUGGAGGCUCUGAUUGUCUUGUGCUCAUGGACGCACACAAGAGACUACAGCUAAGGUGGGACGACUGUAAACCUCCAUCACUGGGGAUACAACAAACCUCAGGUGUUUCAGUUGUAACUUCAGGUCCAAUCAGGCUCAUUACUGCUGCUGAAAUAAGACUCAACCACACAUGUAUCAGCCCACAACAGAGACUGGAUGUGUAUUGGAGCCAGACAGACCAUACCUGGCCUUUUUACCAGACUCCCAUUCAUAGUCAAGGUGAGGGCCAAGGCCCAGCAGGUCCCUGUAAUGACCCCUCAGUCCCAGCAGCAAGGUGACAGAGGCAGGCCGUUCUGGAUCGUUCUGUAAAUGGCUUCAUAAACUCAUUAGCGAUGGAUGUGCGUGGACAGGAAAGGCUGAGAUUACAGUGCCUGUUAAAUGUGUCGGGCAGGAAUCAACCAGAGGCCUUUCCCAGUCAGAGAGACUACAUUCAAAGGAUGGAUCAACCUGUGGAUUAACGCAGUGACUUAGAUUAGUGGAGUUGCAGUUGGUAAAACCAGCAGCACCAUUCUGUCACCACACCCGACCCGCUGAAUUUGACGCCUCAAUUACGCAGGGCAGUUAUUCAAUUUUAAGAGCGACACCGCUGCUGUUAAAAGACACACUUUGGAAACAGAGCGCAUUCAUUUUAUACAGGAAAAACAUUAUGGACUGUUUACAUACAGGAGUGAUUCUUCAUUCGCAACUAGUUGAGACAAAUACAAGUUAAAGCACUGAAUAUGCCUAAAUUGGACAAAAUGUUUUGGGGAAAAAAAAUAAGCAGACACAAAGGAGUCAAACUAAAUCAACACAGUAGAGUCUCUGUAAAUUGUAGUUUGAAGUCGGCCUCCAAUUGUGAAGCUACUUGUCACGCUGCUUAAAGCAUCUGUCGGCCAGGCAGGACUUAAAGGGUCCAAAUAAGAUGAUUUGGUAACAUCAAGGCUUUCCCAGCGGUAAUGAUUACAUUUGGACUUAAGAUCCUUGCAAGAAUUUGUAGCCCAGUAAAUCUCCGAGUUCCCUGCCCCCACGACUCUUCAAAAGCCUUGUCAUUCAAAGGGUUAGGAUGUUUGACAAUCCCAGCUUGUACUACUCCACCAAUUAAUUGGAUACGUUGUCGGGAUGUUCGUUUCUCUCAUCUGCUACUUAGAAAGACAAAGGAUCGAUGGGGGGCUGUUGACACCUCUGUGUCCGGCCAGAGUAUAAAUGAGGAGUCUCCGCAGAGGACCAGCAUUCACGUCUCUGCUGCACUUGGAGCAACAACUUGAUUCCCGCAAAGACCUUCGACAUCUUCUUUUUUCCACUUUUUUUAAAACAUCUGAGAGAAUGCAGGUACCGAACAGACCAGUCGGAGCUUAUGGAUACUCUGUGCGUAAUUACGCACCAGCAUCUCUGUACCCACAGUACCAGGGAAGCCAGUGCUUAUCUUCAACGAAGCCUCCCAGUGGAAAAUCUUUCACUAUUGAUGCUUUGCUCGCCAAGCCGGACGACUCAACCAGCGGCCGGACGAGUCCCACUCAGUGCGGAGUGAAAUAUCAACCAGCAGCACAGGUCCUCCCUCUCACCGGGCACAUGAGCUUACCGAUAGCACCAGCACCUUAUGUCUACUCACCAAACAUGUUGCACUCAGCGGUCCACACGCAACCUGGAUACUCUGUCUACUGUUGCCCGCCUUUCACCUACCAGUCAUCGUGCCGUGGAGCAUUUUACGCACAAGCUUCGAUGUCCAAAGUCAACGCAGGCCUUCAUUCGUUCAAAACCAAAGGUGGGAAGUCCAAACGGAUGCGCACCAGUUUCACCAGCGAGCAGCUGUCCCGGCUGGAGAAGGAGUUCGCACGGCAGCAGUACAUGGUCGGAUCGGAGAGGUUCCUCCUUGCCUCUGCUCUACAGCUGACAGAAGCUCAGGUCAAAGUCUGGUUCCAGAACCGACGCAUCAAGUGGCGCAAACAGAGUCUGGAGCAGCAGCAGGCCAAGCUGGCCAAACUGGGCCUGGCUGCUCCACCUAAAAGCCCCGGGUCCCAAGGCCACAGAGAUGAAGGCGAUGACGAUGAGGAGUUCUCCGACUCAUCAGACGUGGAUAUCGACGUGUCUGAUGACUCCACUGACCACUGUUGAUCAACAGCAUCACUGGACUUUUUGAAAAGACAUUUUGUACAUACAGCUGAGAA